AUGGCAGGAGAUUGCAAGAGCAUGACAUUUAUUGGCAUACCUACUAAACAAAAAUUAUUAAAUUCAGCAAACUGCAACACUACAUGUUUGUACUUUUCUGAUAUCCAGAAACUUUCAUUACAAUUAUGGGAUACAGCAGGAAUGGAACAAUUUCGUCAAGCUAUGCCACAACAUUAUUAUAGAAAUGCAAAAGCAGUAUUAUUUGUUUAUGACAUGACAGACAAAAAUUCUUUUGAUAAUAUUAAUAAGUGGAUUGAAGAAUGCAGGAAUUAUCAAGAAAAUGAUAGAGUUCAUUGGAUUUUAAUUGGGAAUAAAUCCGAUUGUGUUGACAAUAUUGUAAUUUCUACAGAAAUGGCAAAAAAUUAUGCAAAUAAACAAAAGAUGGAUUUAUAUGAAACUUCUGCAAAAAAUGAAAUUGAAUCAAAUACUAUAAAUACGCUUAUGCUUGACUUAGCAAAAAAAUUGGAUACUUCUGAACACAUUGUCGUCAAAAAUGUGCCACGUCCAAUUAUAAUUAAACGAAGAACUCAGGCUCAUACAUCUCUAAUCAGAGAUCAAAUUAUAUCUGAUUCUUUUUGUAGUAAUUGUUAA